AUGUCGUCGUCGUCGUCGGUCCCCUCCCUCUCCACCCCGCUCACCAAACUCCUGGGCAUCAAGUACCCGAUCAUGCUGGCGGGCAUGGCGCGCACCUCGGGCGGUCCGCUCGCCGCGGCCGUGUCCAACGCCGGCGGCAUCGGGACGAUCGGUGGCCUGGGGUACACGCCGAAGCAGUUGCAGGAGAUCAUCGACGAACUCAAAGCCAACCUGACAGACCCGUCGCUCCCGUUCGGCGUGGACCUCGCCCUCCCGCAAGUCGGGGGCUCCGCGCGCAAGACCAACCACGACUACACGCACGGACAGCUGGACGAGCUGAUCGAGGUGACGAUCCGGAACGGGGCCAAGAUCUUCGUGAGCGCCGUGGGCGUGCCGCCCGAGCGGACCAUCAAGCGGCUCCACGAGGCGGGCGUGCUGGUCAUGAACAUGGUCGGGGCGCCCAAGCACGCCGAGAAGGCGCUGCGGGCGGGCGUCGACAUCGUCUGCGCCCAGGGCUCCGAGGGCGGCGGCCACACGGGCGACAUCGCAAACAGCAUCCUCAUCCCCGCCGUGUGCGAUGUCGCGCGCAAGUACCGCUCGCCGCUGACGGGGGAGCCCGCGCUCGUCGUCGCCGCGGGGGGCAUCUACGACGGCCGCAGCCUGGCUUCGUCGCUGAUGCAGGGCGCCGUGGGCGUCUGGGUCGGUACCCGCUUCGUCGCUGCUGAAGAGAGCGGCGCGAGUCGUCUGCACAAGGAGGCCGUCGUCAGCGCGGGCUUCACCGACACGCUGCGCACGCUGGUCGUGUCGGGCCGGCCCCUCCGCGUCCGCCUCAACGACUACGUCGCCAAGUGGGAGGCCCAGCCCGAGCGCAUCAAGGAACUCACCGACAAGGGCAUCGUGCCCCUCGCCUACGACAUGGAGCAUGACAACGACGUCGACACCCCCUUCCUCAUGGGCCAGGUCAGCGGCAUCAUCUCCGACAUCAAGCCCGCCCGCCAGAUCGUCGAGGAGAUGGUCACCCAGGCCGUCGACAUGCUCAAACUGGGCAGCACCUACAUCGAGGCUGGCGGUCCCAGAAGUCGAUUGUGA